ACAGGAUUAGGGGGGAAAUCUACCUGCCAAUGACGAGGAAAAAUAAAAGAGAUAUCAAUAUCACACUCUUUAUAAAUAUAAUAUAAAAAUAAGCAAUUGAUAUUUGCUCAUUUAUCAACAGCUCUAAUUUUUAGUUCGGUUAUGAAAAGGGAAAAUUCCCUAAUCUAAAGCAGACAUUCAUUCUAAAGUUCUGAAAUCAUACUACAGAUAUCCUAUCAACAUAAACUGAUAAGAACACUCCAUCGAACUAUUUUUUAACGACUUUACUUCUGUUGACUCAGGUGUAUUUUUGAGUUUACAUCUACAAUGAUGAGAGAAAGCUACCGACUGUGCGAAAACUUUAUAUGAUUGAGCGAGUAAAAAGGAAAAGCAAUCAAAGGCGUCGAAGAUGGCUCUAAAAUAGCUUUAGAAUAAUAAAAAUCAUUGCCACAAAAACUUAAGAUUUAAACAUUAGACAUGGAACCCAAAGCCGUAUUACGAGACAAAUCUGUAAGAGACAUUUGGGCUGCUAUUGAUAAAAGCACAAUCAACAUUUUGCAAAACACAAAAUCUCAGACCUUGUAUUCAUCUCCGAAAGCAUCCUCUCCUGAUAAACAGAAUGUUGUUCCUUCUGGGUCACAAGCAAAAAGCACUAGCUCCUAUUUCAGCACUUUGGAAAAAGCGAAUCCUGCAGAAGCAUACGGUUUAUUUCAGCCUGAAGUGUGUAAGGUUGAAGACGAUAAUGUUUCCUUGUAUUCAAUAUGGACCCCAACAAACAAUGAUAACUUGAAAAAUAAACACACAAGUUCUUAUGAAAGUCCUUUAAUUGACCUAGACACAUCAGAAAAUUUAAAACAAACAAAGGCUUUCCCUACUAAUUCAUCAUAUGGAACUAAUGAAAAUUCCUUAAUAGACUCAGACGUGCCAGUAAAUACAAAUAUUUAUACUUCAACUAAAGAUAGCAAUUAUGAAAGUUCUCUAAUUGAUCUUGGAAUACCAGAAAAUUCAUAUACAAAACACAAUAAAUGUAUUUCACCUAAAGAUUAUACUUACCGAAGAUUCAGACAUGAUUCAGGAAGUAACUCGAACAAUGACAAUGUUUCAGAAAAAUCAUUAGAUGGACUGAAUGAAGAGACAUUUGGAAAGUUUUCGUAUGCUCCAAAUGAAUCGGAGUUGACUUUAGCUGCGAUAUCAGAUGCUACAGCGGCGUAUGAACUUUCAGAAGACAAAUCAAUCCAGGAGACAUCAAAAACAAAGGUUUUCGAAUGUUCCGAAACUGCGAAAAAAAUGCGGGAAGUUCAAGAAACGGCAACAGGAACCAAACCCAAAACAUACAUAACAAAAGUGUACAAACAAAAUAAUAUACAACAGUCUUAUCAGCGUGAUGGUAAGAAAAGAAACGGCAAUAACAAAAAUACAAGAGAAAUGAAAGAUCAAAAUGUUCCAAAUAACAAAAAUAUAAAACCAAAUUCAGAUGAAAUCCUUAGCGUGAGCCGGGAAAACUUAGCCAUUUGCAAAGCUCGCCCUUUACAAGGUAAAUUUAGAAGAAACUUUACAAACAAUGAACAAAGACGAGUGACUCGCACUCGAGAAACUUUUCACAGUCAAGUUUUUCCAAACGUUCAAGCCGGAAUUGCUACUCGUACUAGAGAAACUUUUCACAAGAAAGGUAACAUGAGUUAUUACACAACUGAGAAGAUAACAUAUGUUCGAGGAGAAAAAUUAGAAAAUAUGCACAAAGAUAUACAUCAAGAUCAGGAAAAUAACAUUGUUUGGCAAAAUAUCUCCAAUCUUGGUCAUAUAAAUGAUAGAGAAGUUUUAUGGGACAAUGAUAUAAAGUUAAAAAAAUAUUUUCAAGGAGACAAGGUUCCCCAAUAUUAUGAUAAAGGUAAAAGGUUACCCAAUUCCAAUUGGAAGACCAGUGAUGAGAAAUAUAAACUUGAUGAAGAUAAUAUCCCCAUAUUUAAAAAUCAAAACAUCUCAAAAAAGCAGGAAUCGAAAGAAUCCAACUGCUUGGACCAAAGAAAGACAUCAAAAAACGAAGUUAGUCAAGGUAAAAAGCUUACUUUCAGAGGCAAUCUUCACUGGCAAUCUUCAACUGAUAAUUCAGAUUUGGACGAACCAAUUAACAUUCCACAAGAUAAAUCUUCUGAAUUUAUAAAUAAACAAAGCCAGAAAACCGGUGAUGUUGGCCAUGCUGACAAGAAAAAUGUGGUUCAUUUCAAAAUAUAUGAUCCAAAACUUCGCCGUCCUACCAAAAAGAAGAUCAUGAUCAAUCAAUAUCCUGAAGCCAAACUCAAAAGUAAUACAUUUGACAAUCCACAAACAAGAAAAACUACAAUGCACUAUGUAGCAUCUGGAGGCGCCCUGACUAAAGAUUCAGAAGAACAAUUCCCAUCUAAGAAUGCCGCUGAUAAAAAUCUAGAACAAACAAAACUCAAAAAUAAUUCUUUUAAAUCAUCGCAAAACGAGAAAACUGGAAUUCCCUAUGCGAAAUUAAUGAACAAGGAUUUACAAGAUCAUUUUGAAUUUCUAGAAAACAUUAACCUAGAUAAAGCAGACGGAGAAAAUAAAACCUUUGUAAAAGACGUACUAAGUAAUAUCAUAUUAACCAAUAGCAAUAAUACAAGGAAAAUCCCUGGACUGCCGGAAAAUUCUAUAACUAUGGCAAAAAGUGAUUUAAAAUCUUUAAUAAACGACGGCAAAGAAAUAGCUGAUCUGAUAGUAGGUUGCCAAAGAACACUUGAUAUGUUUAAAUCUUUUUACUAUGAAUGGAUAGACUUACGAAAACAGAGCAUAAGCUUAUUAGAACAAAUAGUGAUGAUAAUUAACAAUUCUUCUAGAAAAAAUGAUACAAUGAAACACGUGAUUGCAGCAAUUAAUAUUGCAGCUGGUGCAGCUAAUUUUGUACCUCACCCAGGUGUGCAAUUAGGUGCAAAAGUAGCUGGUGCUGUUGGAGGUUUUUUUGCAAAUUUUUUCACCCGCACUGACUGUAAGAAAGAUGUGAAUGCUAAAGAAUAUGAAAUUAAAGAAAUCUUUCAGAAGGAUAUUGAUUCUUCAUCCUAUGUUUACAUAUACGGAGUACAAUGUGGCACCCAGUUUCAAGAAACGUGCAAUGUUAUCAGUAAAUUUUACAAACAUUUGCUUGAAAUAAACUAUCAAUCAGUUAUAAAAAACCACGAAUUGCUAGAGUUUAUGAAUGAGAUAAUAGAGCACAAGAGUUCAGAUACUCUUACUUUCUACAAAAGACUUCAAAUGUGCUACGAAAGAUUAAUUAUAAAUUCGAACUCAGUAGACAGCAGAGCUUUCGUAAGAAUCUUUGAAGAUGUGCCAGAAGCAGUUGAAAUCAUUGACUUACUUCCUUGGAAAUUCGAUUCAGAUGGAUUCGAUAACAGUAUUGUUCAAGAUGCUUGGGGUGAAUUACUUCUCCUCUUUCAAGCUGAUAAUCCAGCAACUGUAGAUAUCAUAAAGAACAAAAUUCAGAACUGUUUAUUAUUUUUAAAGAAAGAACAUAGAAUACUGUCUAGAAAUGUGACUGGUCUCUUCAGAGAAACAGUUAAAUAACUCUAAUAUAAAAUUAUGAUUUUAAGAGCUUGUAAAUGCAGGGUGAUGUAUUUUAUGUUAUAAAGUUACUUGCAAUGUAUUUUAAGUAGCUUGCAAAUUUUAAAAUAAUUGUUCAAGAGUUCUUCAUUUAUAAAGCAAUGUACACUUUUCAAUGUUAACUCCUUCUUAUGACAAAUUUUAGAAACUGUGUUUCUGUAAACGUCUGUGAAAGCUUGAUGUUCAUGACAUGCUUAUCUUUUAAAAUUAUUUUAUUGUCUAAUAUAAAGUUUCAAAAUUAACUCACCGAUUUAGACAGACACAUGGAAUAAUAAGAAACCUUAAAGUCUGUUGUUUGUGAAUUUCCCAACAGAAAAUAGUUUAAUUAUUAUUUGCGAAAAAAUUAUUCGUGCAUCUAUCCAAUAUUAAGUGGAAAAGCUUAAUCCUGUCUGAUUUUUACGACCAAAUUGCUGCAGAGUAAGAAGUAAGUUUGGGCUAAGAAACCUCAAUUUCUAUGAAAAAGAAAAAAAACACAUUUUUCCACAAAAAUUUCUGUUUACAUAUACAGACAUGAAUUAUCACCAAUUUAUGCGAGAUGCCAUUAGUUGUCAAAGUUUGAAAGAAUGUUUUAAAUAAUCCUGUUUAAAAUUGUUUCGGAAAAUUGAUCUCUUAAUAAAUAUCUUAGUAUCUAUAAUAUUUCCUUUCAAGCCAGUGAUUUAUUAUUUAUACUGUCAGUGAAGUGACUGCCUUAGCUUUCUACAUUAACUAUACUUUGUAGUGAUUUUAAAAUAAAGGUCUUUAAUAAUCUCUAUAGGAAGGCCAAAUAACAGAAAAUAACACUCACAGCCAAAAGUUUAAAUUGUUGUAUAGACAUAUAUUUAUAUUAUAAUUAUAAGAAAGGUGAAUAUAUGUAAUACAUUAAAAUAUUUGAAAUGAAACUUAUUUGAACAUUAUAAAACUCAUAGGUUUUGUCAAAUAAAAAUCUAAUAUUUUCUGAAGAUUUUCUUAAUCAGUUGAAUGUUUGUCUUUACAAUUCAAAUAAGAAUCCAAAAAUAGCUCUGAAGAAUAACAAAUUAUUGAUAAUAGUGAAUAGUGAAAAAAAUUUUGAAUUUACUGUGACAGUUUUCGAUAAUUUUGUUUCGACUUUACUGCAUUUUUUUUUUUUAAAUGAAGUGAAACUAUCAAAUUACAAAUGAAAAGUUACAAAGUGGAAACUGUAUGUACCUGUGACCAGUAAUUAAAAAGCUGCAUAAAGUUAUUAAAAAAUGCUUCGCCCUUUUAGAAGAAUUUUUUAACAACUAUCUGUGAGCAUGCGAUAAAGUUACCAAUGAAAAGUCAAUGGGAGCAAGUAAACUCUACAUAUUUUUUUUAGGUGACUGAUAUCUAUUUAUUUUUAAAUAAAUAGAUAAAUAAGUAAAAUAUAAUUGAAUUUACUCAGGCAGACAAAAAGUACCAAUAAUUCUUUUACUAACAAUGCACUCACCAUCCAAAAACUUUUACUUUAAACCUUUUACUUUAAAGUUUUUUCAACUAUUAUGAAAUAAAAUAAUAUAGAAUAAAUAUUAGCUAAAAGUUAUAUUCUUAAUGGAAUAUCUUUGGAUGAACGAAUUUUAUAGUUGAGUGCAAAAAAUUUUCAAUUUGAAUAACAGAUUCUUGCGAUAAAGCGAAAUAUGCAAAUAAUAAAAUUAACAUUAAAGGAACCCAAACUUUGGACCGCUCUUUUUCUCUAUGGGGACCAUAAUGUUACCAUCUGUAAACUCACCAUGAAAAGUUUUUACAUAUUGAUCAAAUCUCAUAAUUAUAAGAGUACAAAAAUAGUAUAAAUAUAUAAGUUAUAUAAAUAUUAUACUAGUUUUAUUUUAAGUCUUAAAAUUAAUUUUAACUGAAAUAAGUAUAAUACACUAACUAAAUUAUAUCGUCCAUGGGCUGCAAUAGAGGCAUAACUCAAAACACAUGCAUUUUGGACUAAGAACAGGUGUAAAUAUGAAAACACAUUCUUUUCAGCAGCAAUACUAGCACAACUCAUAAUUCAACCUGAAGGUAAUCUUCGUAUAAGCAAACUAAAGCAUUUCCUAUGCAUUUUCUCUAGCAAUGAAAACUUUAAACCCACUUAUCUCAAAACUUGAUUUUUUGAGUUGUGCUGCUAUUGCAGCCCAUGAGCGAUACAUAUCCAUCAUUUGUUUGAAUAACUUACUUUUAAAACCUAUAAGCAAAUUAGCUUUUAAACAACUUAACCAUAUUUGGAGCACGUUAGGCAAGGGGAAAAAAUUAGGAUUAAUAUUUGUUUUAAACUUAAAUUGCAACAGAGUUUAUGAACAUUAAAUGUGACAAAGAGAAAAAAUAAAUGUAAAUGAUAAAAUAAAUAUAAUGAAUAAUGACAAAUCUUUAUAAAAAAAUUUGUUGUUUAUUAAGUUUUCUGACAUUUUUUUUUAAUAUCAGAAACUACAACUCUUUCACAUUUUAGGAAGAUCUCAACUAGUCUUUUUAUAUUCACAUAUUUGUACAUAUUUUUUUCUGAAAAAAAAAAACAACAAAGCAACAAUUCAAACAUUUCAUAACUUUCUCUGCACACAAAUAUUAGAAGAU